CCGGGCCCCCCUGUCCCAGCCGUCCCGGAGAGCUGCGCGCUGGGGCUGAGCCCCAAAGGAUCCCCCAUCCCCGUGUGCCUCUGGGGCUCUGCGCCCCGUGGGCGGCAUGCUGGCUCUCCUGGCUGGACUGCUCUUCUCCCUCGCCUCCGGGGCCAGCUGGCGGGCAGUGAGGGGCCAGGAGAGCCCCCCGGGCAGCCGCUUCGUGUGCACCUCCCUGCCGCUGGACGCUGCCCCCUCGGGCUGCCCGCUGCCCCCGGUGCCCAUGCAAGGGGGCGCCUUCCCAACCGAGGAGGAGCUGAAAGCCACCGUGCUGCAGCUGCGGGAGACCAUCCUGCAGCAGAAGGAGACCAUCGGCAACCAGCGGGAGACCAUCCGAGAGCUGACCAGCAAGUUGAACCGCUGCGAGAGCUCCCCCGGCCCCGACGGCAAGCCCGGAGCCGGGGGCUGGAGGAAAGAGUUGGGCAAAGGCAAAGACACCAUGGGGGACCUGCCUCGGGACCCUGCCCAGGUCAUCGACCAGCUGAGCCGGACCAUGCAGACGCUGAAGGACCGGUUGGAGAACCUGGAGCACCAACUCCGAGCCAAUGUGUCAUAUGCAGCCCUGCCUAAUGAGCUUCGAGAGAUGCUUCAAAGGAGGCUUGGAGAUCUAGAGCGCCAGCUUUUAAGCAAAGUGGCUGAACUGGAGGAUGAGAAAUCCCUGCUUCAUAAUGAAACUUCCGCCCAUCGGCAAAAGACAGAAUCAGCCCUAAGUGCAUUGCUGGAAAGAGUUUCUGAAUUAGAGAAAGGUAGCAGUGCAUUUAAAUCACCUGAUGAAUUCAAGGUCUCCCUCCCUCUCCGCACAAAUUAUUUAUAUGGGAAGAUCAAGAAGACUCUGCCAGAGCUAUAUGCCUUCACUGUGUGCUUGUGGCUGAGGUCUAGUGCUUAUCCUGGGAUUGGAACACCGUUCUCCUAUGCUGUCCCUGGGCAGGCUAAUGAAAUUGUGUUGAUAGAGUGGGGGAAUAAUCCAAUCGAAUUGCUCAUUAAUGACAAGGUUGCCCAGCUCCCUCUGUUUAUUAGUGAUGGGAAGUGGCAUCAUAUCUGCGUCACAUGGACAACUAGAGAUGGCAUGUGGGAGGCAUUUCAGGAUGGAGAGAAACUCGGCACUGGUGAAAAUUUAGCCCCUUGGCAUCCAGUUAAACCUGGAGGAGUCCUGAUUUUGGGUCAGGAGCAGGAUACGGUUGGAGGAAGAUUUGAUGCAACCCAAGCCUUUGUUGGGGAGAUGAGCCAGUUCAAUAUAUGGGACAGGGUCUUAAAAGCAGAAGACAUCGUGAACAUUGCCAACUGCUCCACCAACAUGCCCGGAAACAUCAUACCCUGGGUUGAUAACAAUGUUGAUGUGUUUGGAGGUGCAACUAAAUGGCCUGUGGAGACAUGUGAAGAGCGUUUGCUAGAUUUAUAGCCAGAAGCAUUUUUCUAUUUAAGUGCCCCAUUUUAUUAGGACAAUUUCUUGUGUGGUCUGUCACACUUUUUUGCCCACCAAAUGAAUUGUGUGAAAAAAAUCCCAAAUGAAAGGUUGGGUGCAAAUAAAGCUAAUAAUUAUUGGCAUGAAUCCUGAAGACGAAAGGCACCUGUUGGCUCAGAUAGCAGUUGUUGUCUUAAGGCUGAUCCCGAGAUACUUAUUGAGUUCAAUAGACUUUGGAUCAGGCCCUUGCUUGGUACAUUAAUUCUUCUGGGGGAAUAUCAUUUGCAAAUAUGUUAUCUAUAUCAAGUGGCAGAAUUACUCCUCUCUGAUAACGUGAUACAAACAAAGCACAAAGCUUUUUUUAAAGAGGGAAAAUGUACAUGUUGGUAUUGACUCUUUCCUCCUAUAUGUAUUAAACAUUCAUUUUACAUACUUUUUAAAGAAUUGAAGAAAUCCUUCUAUUAUAGUUACCGUGUCUUAACUCAGCACCCCUGAGACCUGCAGUAGUAGCAGCAGCUGAGUAGCCACUAUCUGCAUUACAGAAGAUAAUUGCUUUACAGUGUAAACAAGUUAGAAUCCUUGUAUUGUGUGUCAUGAUCUAAACACUCUGCUUCCUUCCCUAGACCUGAAGAAGAGCUCUGUGUAGCUCACAAGUCUGUACCUUCUACCUGCAGAAGUUGGUUCAUUAACUUGAGGGUACCCCCCUCCCACCAUCUUUUCCUGUUUAGAUCAUGGAAGAGAUUAUAUGAUGCAAAUGCUAUUCCACUCCAAAUUCAGAGAAAGGGCUAGAUACUCAGCUGAUGUAAAUCAGCUUAGCUCUGUUGAUUUUCAUGGAGCUACAUCAGUUUAUAUCAACUGGCAUUCUGGCUCCCAGUCUGUAUGUAUUCCCUUUGUCCCUCCCCACUCUCAUGGAUAGGUGAUGGUUGAAUGACUGUACUUGUAUUCCAUGUAGUAUUGCAUAUUUCUCUCUGAAUUCUAUCACUCUAGUCUGUUUUUUCUUUUCUAAAUACAUAGCAAAUGUUUCUAAGUGAAUUUCAGUUUUGUUUUGCUAUGAAAAGCCUUUCUGUGAGCAAGUGCCAAAGUUCAGUUUCUGUUUGCUGAGAAUCACUAUAUAUUUUUCCAACCUAAGUCUCUAUUGCUGACACUUCCUGUGUUAUGAUGGUCCUAUGUGCUAUGACGAAUGUGCUUGCUUUCCAUUCUUGUUAAUUGUCACGACUUCUGUAAGCACUGAGCUGACUUUUAAGAGUAUAUUUUAUUAUGCUUUUUUUGGUUUCUCAAUACUUUGGAGACAGAGUUGUAUUUUCUUGGUAUUGGUGACUCUUUGGUUUGUGGCUUGCAGAUAGCAUAUGUAAUAUAUUAGAAAGUAAAUACUCUUAUUAAUUUAAAGAAAAGUGAUUUUUAAAAGAGAAUUUAUAAAAUUAAACAUCCUAUUUUAUUUUUAAUGUUCUGAAUUGUAAGAAUCUCUAUUGUGACAGUUCCAUUUGUUGGAUAAAGUUACAUAUUCCCACUAAUAUGUAGUAUGAUGUUCUUAAAGGAAAGU